AUGGGACGUCCAAGAAGAGACUUGGUUAAGUUAUAUUAUGAUCAUUUCAAUGGUGAAGUGCGACAGUUCUUGGACCCUACUAUGGGCAUAAAAUAUGAACUACGUGGAUCAAGAAUCCAUGUCGACAGCAGAGUGAAAUAUUUGGAAGAUAAGAAUGUUGAAACUACAGAUCGAGGUGGUGAUGACAGUGAUUUGGAAGGUGAAGAGGAAGAAGUACUAACGAAAAGACAAGCUCAGUUGGGUACCGAUUGGACAUCUAAAGAGAAACAUCUUUUUUUCUUUUAUUUAGCAAGAUAUUCAAUCCAUAGACUUGAUGAAUGGUAUCUCAAAAUUGGUGGAAAGAUGACUAAAUAUGAAGUACUUGUUUAUUAUGACGUAUUAAAGAGGAAUUUAAAUGAAUUAAAGUAUGGUGAAGGUAAGACGAAUGGUAAUGAUAUGGAUCUUCGACGUAGAACAACUUCUAGAUUUGGUAGAUUGUUAACUUUAGUAGAUUUCCCCAUUGCCUAUGAGAUGGAUGACAGUUUUAUUCGAUUGGAAAAUAAACUGAGUCGAAUGGUUUCAGAGGAGUUAAACAAGAAUGACAAAUCUACAACAAUGGAGGAAAUUUCUGAAGAAGGGAAUGAAAAUGAAAAAGGAUGCCAAGAUCUAGAUCAAGGUGAGAAUGAAGACAGUAAUGAGGAACGAGAUGGAGAAGAACCACACAAUAAAGAUAGAGAUAUUGAGAUAAGUGUUGCAGAAACAAUGGACUACUUUAACCUACAAUCAAAAUCAUGGAGGGAGCGUUGGAAACUAUUGUCAUCUGCGACUCAUCAAACGGACAAAUUAGCAUUACCAAGCGUCACAAAAGAUUGCCAUGAAUACUUAACCGAGUUGGUAAUAGAUCAUGUAGAGGGGAUAUUUGCUGAAUUGCUGCUGUUACCGAUGGCAGAUCAACGUGGAUUUUCUCGAAAUGAAGAAAACAUAUCCUGGUCUGAAAAUCCCGUUGUAGUUGUUAAAGCUACUGAUAUCAAGAAAAGUCUCCGAAAUAUGAGGGUACAUAAACAUCGUCCAACCGAUUCUGGAUUGGGAAUCUUGGAAACAUUUGACAAAUUCAACGUUCGUCCAAGGUUGGGUAGUAUAACGAAGAAAUCAUCACGGUCAAAAAUAAAAUCUUUACUGAAAAAUCCUGCAGAAGCUUCAUUGGUUGAGGCAGUACUAUCGAAUAAAGACGAUGAAUCAGUAAAUGUACCUUCUUCUAGAAUACCUACUCGAACGCGAAAACGUAACAAAAGAGAAAGCUCAUCAGCCAAAGAUUCCAAACAUAGAAGGCUUGAAAGAAUCCUUACUAAUUGGGAAAAUAAAUUAAUGGAAAUACAUGACAAAAGAGCUUCUCAAAUUUAUGCAAGAACAUUAUUACAAUAUUUUCUUUAUCAGAUCCCAGAAGAAGAUGAUUCGAAGGAAGAUGAUUCGAAUGUAUUAGAGAGAGUGCAAGACAAUGAAGAUGAGAGUCAUAAUAAUAGCGGCCACGAUGAUAACGAUGAUUAUGAUGAUGAACGAUUCCAACCGAUAAUCUUAGAGGAUGAAGAAGAUCCCGGUGCUGAUCCAGAAAUAGCGAAAAUUCCCCACACAGUGAAAAAUCGAUUCCUUCAUUAUUAUUAA